AUAUUUAUAGUAUUUUGUCUCAUCACACGUAUCUCUGGGGCUGACAUUCAAUCAUUAAUCUUACAGCUCUCAAAUUCUGCCACACUGGAAGGCAAAGGGCAACUGAAGUUUACCUCUGGGCGAUGGAGCCCUCAUCACAACUGUACCCAGGUGGCCACGGCCAAUGACACUUCCAUCCGAGGCUGGGACAUCAGAACUAUGAGGCAGAUCUACUGCAUCGACAAUGCCCAUGGACAGCUGGUUCGAGACCUUGACUUCAAUCCCAACAAACAGUACUACUUGGCCAGUUGUGGGGAUGAUUGCAAAGUGAAGUUCUGGGAUACCAGGAAUGUUAAUGAACCAGUGAAAACACUGGAGGAACAUUCUCAUUGGGUUUGGAGCGUCAGAUACAAUCACUCCCAUGACCAGCUGGUCCUAACAGGCAGCAGUGACAGCAGGGUAAUCCUGUCAAACAUGGUCUCCAUUUCAUCUGAGCCAUUUGGACAUCUUGUUGUUGAUGAUGAAGAUUUGAGUGAUCAAGAGGAUAGUCAGCAUGAAGAAAAAACAAAAGAGCCACUCCAGGACAGUAUAAUAGCUACCUAUGAAGAACACACGAAGACAGCGUGUAUGCCGUGGAAUGGUCCUCUGCAGACCCCUGGCUCUUUGCUUCUUUAA